AUGAUGCUGCUAGUUGCGUUAUUAUAUCUUGUUGUUCUUGUUAAUAGUAAACCAAUCCUCCCAAUCAAAGAUUAUACUGUGACAAGGAAAGUAAUAUAUACACAAGAUGCACCAGCACCUGUAGCACCAUUUAACCAAGGUAUUCAAAUAAAUUAUAUGUUAUAUCUUACUGGACAAAUUGGUAUAGAUCCAAAAACUGGUCAUAUGAUAUCAGAUAAUGUUGUUGAUCAGACACAUCAAGUGUUAAAAAACUUAGAAGCAGUCUUAAAUGCUGCUGGAUCUUCAGUUGAUCAAUUAGCUCAUUGUCUUAUUAUUUUAACAAAUAUUGAAGAAGAUUAUGAAAUAGUUAAUCAAAUUUAUUCACAAUGGUUUAAAUCACCUGAAUUUUAUCCUGCACGAUCAUCAAUGGGUGUUGUCAAAUUACCAUUCAGUGCCAAAGUAGCUAUUGAAUGUCAAGCUUAUACAACUAAAGAAAUCUAA